AUGGACGUUGAUCCGUCGCUCGCUCGGUUUCUCCAGCAGCUCCAGGCUGAAACUCAGCGACAGAAGUUCACUGAGCAGGUUUUUCCUCGUGAACUUGUUUAUUUCUCAACGACUUUUGUCAAGGUCCACACUUUGACUGGACGUUGCUGGGACAUUUGCUUCGCCGACUACCGGCCGCCAAGCAAGAUGGACGGAAAGACGCAGAAUUGCAUCCAGGUUUUGUAUUUUUCGCAUUAAGAACCUCUGACAGCUUCGAAGAACCUUUAAGGUAAUGAAAUAUUUUUAAAUGUUCUUAUAUAAAGAUGUAAAAUAGUUUUUCCUGAUGUAAUGCUCAAAGAAGUUUCAGCGAAAUUCAAAAUUAUCUCUGACUCUUCAAAAGUUUAGUUAUUUUUUCGCUCUCUGACGGUUGCUUUGAAUUCUGAAAAAGUCCUUUCAAAACACUUUAUAAGCUCCAUUUUUUUAAAAGUUUCAUGAAAAAAAGCUCCAAAAAAAUUUUUUUAUAAGAGAAAAAAAUGAAGAUUUUUUUAAAAAAAUUCAUCCGGCUUUUUUUAUCAUAUUAAAAAAAUAAUGUAUUUUUUUGAACUUUUUCAGACAUUUUUCUGUUGGAAUAUUAUAUUUCGGUCGUCUUUUAUUUCGUCCAAAUUUUUUUCAAAAAAAUAUCCUUAUAGUGAAAAUUUUUUUGAAAAAAAGCCAUAUAACAAGAGUUUUUAAUAAAUGGGUUUUUUUGUUAAAAAUAUCCUUUCUGAGAUUUUUCCUCGUUUUGAAAGCCUUCAAAUAAUACCGAUAAUGACGUUUUUUGGAAAAUUUUCGAUUUCAGAAUUGCGUGAACCGAAUGAUCGACGCCAGCAACUUCAUGGUCGAGCAUCUUCAGAAAAUGAACUCUGGAUCUGUCUAA